CAGAAUAGAGCGCGUGUGCCUGAAUCAGAUCUGCAUUCCCUUCCUGACUCUUCUCCCUCAUUGCUGCAAUGUGAGCAGACAGAAUGGGGCAGGUCGCUUGGAAAGGGCUGUUCAUGUCACUCUUUGAUUAUAAGACUGAAAAAUAUGUCAUUGCCAAGAACAAAAAGGUGGGGAUUUUAUUCCGUGUUGUUCAGCUGUCCAUUCUGGCAUAUCUUGUGGGGUGGGUGUUUGUGACUAAAAAAGGGUAUCAAGACACCGACACAUCCAUACAGAGCUCUGUCAUUACCAAGUUAAAGGGAGUUGCCUUCACCAACACUACAGAACUGGGACCAAGACUCUGGGAUGUGGUAGAUUAUGUCAUACCGCCACAGGGUGAAAAUAUUUUUUUUGUGGUAACAAACCUGAUUGUCACCCCUAACCAGAGGCAAGGUAAAUGCAGUGAGAAUGCUGGAAUUCCAGACGCAGUAUGUACAAAGGACAGUGACUGCCCGGAGGGUGAACCGGUCAUUGCCGGCAAUGGGGUGAAGACUGGCCGCUGCCUAAACAUAAAAGAAAACACAACUGGAACCUGUGAAAUAUUUGCAUGGUGUCCCUUGGAAAAGAAGCAGAAGUUGAGAGCUCCACUUCUAGGAAAAGCAGAGGAUUUCACAGUGUACAUUAAAAAUUCCAUCCGUUUUCCAAAGUUCAAUUUUUCCAAAACGAAUGUUCGUGAUACAAAGGAUGGCUCCUUCCUGAAGACCUGUCGACACAGUAAAGAGGACCAUUAUUGCCCCAUCUUCCACCUAGGGAAAAUUGUCUCUUGGUCUGGGAGUGACUUUCAGGAUAUAGCACUGGAGGGUGGCGUUAUUGGAAUUCAGAUAGAAUGGGAUUGUAACCUGGACAAGGAUACUUCUGAAUGUCACCCACGCUACUCUUUCACGCGGCUGGAUAAUAAAUUCUCUGAGAAAUCUGUCUCCUCUGGCUACAAUUUCAGAUUUGCCAAGUAUUAUCGUGAUGUGAAUGAGACGGACUACAGAACGUUGAUAAAAGCAUACGGCAUUCGUUUUGACAUCAUGGUGAAUGGAAAGGCUGGAAAGUUCAAUAUCAUCCCAACAAUCGUCAAUAUAGGCUCAGGCCUGGCUCUAAUGGGUGCGGGGGCCUUCUUCUGUGACUUGGUCUUACUGUAUGUGCUUAAAAGGAGUAACUUCUACAGAGACAAGAAAUUUGAAGAAGUGAAAUCAGUCAAGAAAACUCUACAGGUAAAUGGACAAAAGAAAUCAAAAAGCCACGAUGACAUCGAUCAGUUGAGACAGUUGCAGAGUGUGGAGGCGUAAAGCACUGGAUGACUCUGAGGAUCCAGAUAAAGUGCCUAUGAGGAAGUGUAAUAAGACAGGACAUGCUGAAUGUUGCGCCAUUGUUGGGUGUUUUCAUGAACUGUUCCAUCCAUAGCUUUCUUCGGCGGCUGUUCUGUGUAAACAUUUGCUGCACCCCAAACAGCAACACCUAUUUAUUCAUGGGGGACAUUAGAGUCUCGUUCAUCCAACGCAACAAUCAGGCGGAACUCUACAGGCACUGUAAGGCAUUUGAUAAAUCCACUGCAAGCAAUUUAGGGACCUACCCACCUUGCUGGUUGGUCAUUGGGGUGCAGUGUUGUUUUCUAGGCUUUGCACCAUAUUUUGUAAUGACUGAUUAUGUUCAUUUUCUUAAACCAUGGAUUGGACUCUA